CGAUAGCCAAAAAACACAUGUUCGAGGGCUAGAAUAUCUUGUUAAUCUUUUAUAUCGUGUCCCUUUUUAAUUAAGGGCUUAAUCACGAUGAAUUCCAAUGAUUUUGACAUUAGAUUAAUUAAUGAGGAAAAGGGAAAAGGUAUUUUUGCUACGGGUCCUUUUAAAGUUGGGGACGUAAUAUUGAAAGAGAAACCUAUAGUUUCAUGUCAGCUCUCUUGGAAUUUAGAUUAUGGAUAUUUAGCUUGUGACAAUUGUUUGAAACCUUUGGAAACUGCCGAAGAAAAUGUACACAGAUUGACAGGGAAUAAAAUGAUAUUUUUACCUCAUGCAGAAUGCUGUGAAACAAAAACAGAAUUAAUUACACAAUGUUCCGAAUGUGACACAAAAUAUUGUAGCAUUGAAUGCCAAAAUGAAGCUUAUUUAAGGUACCAUAAAACAUUAUGCUUGAGAGAAAAACAUGAAUCUCAUCCUCUUGUGCAAUUAAAUGAAACUUGGAAGAAUAUGCAUUAUCCACCAGAAACAGGAACAAUAAUGUUAUUUGCCAGAAUGGUAGCUCUUGUUAAUCAAGCCAAUAAUAAAGAUGAUAUUCUUUCCAUAUUUUCCAAGUUUUGUCAUUCUAACUUUUGUACAGAUGACAAUAUACAUCAAGUUAAAUGCAAGCUAAUGGAAGAAAAAUUUAUUGGUCAAUUUAAUAUACUCAGACAAAUGAUGCAAAAAGCAUUGAAUACAGAAUUUACAUCUCAUUGGUUCACUCCACAUGGAUUUAAAAAUCUGAUAGCCUUGGUAGGUACAAAUGCUCAGGGCAUUGGUACUAGUGCAUUCAGUCGUUGGGUAAAAAAUGUGUCUGCAUUAGACUUACCAAGAGAAGAAAGAAUUGAUGUUGAUAAAUUAAUAGAUCGUAUUUAUGACGAAAUGGAAGAAGAGGUUGGAUCUUUCUUAAAUAACGAAGGUACUGGUCUGUAUGUUCUUCAAUCAGCAUUGAAUCAUAGUUGUGUACCAAAUGCAGUUGUAGAAUUUCCUUUCUCGAAUAACGUAUUGGUUGUCAGAGCGAUACGUGACAUUCAACCUGAGGAGGAAAUAUGUAUAAGUUAUCUUGACGAAUGUGACUUAGAAAGAAGUAGACAUUCUAGACAAAAAACUUUAAGCUUGCUAUAUAUGUUCACUUGUCGCUGUGAUAAAUGUAUGUCUCAAGUCGAUGAUCCGGAUUUAACAUCGGAAAAGUAUCAUUACUAA